AUGACUGGCACUCAAGCUGGAGAUGUUGCUUCUAGUUCAACCACAUCUCGUUUGGAUUUUUCAAGUCUUUUUUAUCUGCAUCCUUCAGAGAAUGCGGGAUCAUCAUUGUUACCUGGAGUUUUUGGUGGUACUAGUUACAGAUCUUGGCGAAGAGCAGUCCUCAGAGCAUUAUUAGUUAAAAGCAAAACAGAUUUUAUUAAUGGAGCAAUUGUGAAGCCUAUAUCUACUGAUCCUAACUUCAUGCAGUGGGAAAGAUGUGAUGAUAUGGUCACAUCUUGGAUCUUGAAUUCCUUGUCUCCAGAGUUGCGUGACAGCCUGCAAUAUGUGAAUAAUGCCAAGGAGUUAUGGGCAGAAUUAGAGGAAAGAUAUGAUCAAACAAAUGGAUGUAAAUUGUAUCAGUUACAGAAGGAGAUAAAUGAGCUUGUCCAAGGUACUUUAGACAUCACUAAGUACUACACAACAAUGAAAAAGUUGCGGGAGGAGAUGAACACAGUUGACAUUAAUUCUCAGUGCACAUGUGUGUGUUCUUGUGGAGGAAUGACAAAGUUGCAAAAGGCUGAGCAAGACAGAAGAUUGAUACAUUUUUAA